AUGGUAUCGGUGCUCCCAUUGCCGAAUAAGGGCUGGGCUAAGGAGGACCCUGACCAAGGGCAUGAUCCCAUUUCCUAUCACGAUGUAACCUGGGUCGGUUAUGAUGAUCCAUACGCCGCUUAUGAUAAAAGUACAUGGGUUAAAGAAAACGGCUAUGGAGGUAUAAUCGUAUGGGAGAUCACCCAGGACGAUUUCCAGCCCAAGUGCUGCUCUAAGAGCUACCCCAUGUUGAGAGCCAUUAACCACGGCUUGUACGGCACCGGGCUACAGGUGCUGUCAUGCCUGGCCAAACAAAAGGUCAUAUGCUACUGGCCCAACUGGCGCAUGGAGUCGGGUGCCGAAGGGGGACACACCCCCGAAAACAUCGACCCAACCCUUUGCACGCAUAUUCACCACGCGUUUCACGAGUUGGACACUAAGAAUAAUGUCGUAAAGGAUAGCGCCGGCCCUCAGCCCGAUGUCUACCGGCGCUUGAAUGCCUUGAAAGAGAAAAACCCGGACCUUAAGCUGGUUAUCUCGGUAGGAGGUGCCGGUGCCAAAGACGCCGAUUAUUCGCAUUUAAUUAGCGAUGAGGGCAGGAGACAGGGUUUCAUUAAGAAUACCAUCGCAUAUAUGCAUAAAUAUAAAUGGGACGGGCUGGACCUCGACUGGGAGUACCCGGUUUGCUGGGGUGGCGACUGUGGUAAAGGUCCCAAGUCUGAUAAGGCUAAUUUUGGCAAAUUCCUUCAGGAAUUACGUGAGGCUUUCGAUAAGGAGUCGCCGAAGUUCUCGCUGUCGGCCGCAGUCCAGGCGGACGCCGAU